AGUUUUCGGUGAAGGUGAAAGCUGCGUAAGCUGCGUUUGCGUCUGUUUUUGUGAACCAAUUAAUUACUUUAAACUUAGAUGUUGUGAGACGAUUUGAGUAAAUAUUUAUGUAAAAACAGGUAUUUUAACAAUAUAUACAUGCAAUAAAUUGUUUAAUAUGAUGCAUGCUUUGCGUAAACAUUUCGCUGUUCAAUUUGGGACGGAUGAGUUCAAACGCUGUGAUCUUUGUGAUAAAGCGGAUGGGAGCGUGAUAUUCGCCUGCGGUCACCCUGGUUGUAGUGACUGCGUGGCUACGGGCAAAUGCCAGACGUGUACACCAUUAAUGGAACCAAGUUCCAGUCGACGUCUAUUGGAUGCCCCCCACACUGAAGUGGCUGAAACCUCAACAUCUCUUCAGGAUACUUUACAAACAGCUGAGUACCAGAGGCAGAGGAUAUCCGAAAAAUUAAGGGUGGAGAAAGAAUUGUUCCCAGAAUGCAUUCAAGCUCCUGCUAAGUACUUUAAUAAAAGGAAAAGCUUGAAUGUGUCUAAGAAGGGUAAAGAAAAUAGAUACAGUAGCAAAUUUCCUGGAGAAGAAAUAUCAUCACCAAGAGAGUUUACAAUGAAUAAAUCGAGAUCAUAUGUUCAAGAAUGGUUGAGCAAGCAAUCAAAAACUUCCUUGGGGCCGCAGCCUCGCUCACCCUUCUCAGACCUUAAAGUAAAUAUGCACUACAACCAGACAUAUUCCACCCCAGUAAAAGACAAACAAAAAGAAAAUGUUCCAAAGUUAGGAACCAGGCAAUCAAACAGAAAAAGACCAAGAUUAAAACAGACACCUUCAACACUGAGUAACACAAAUCUAGAAAACUUCUUAAAACCUACUGAAAAAGCUGAGGCUAAGAAGACUUGGGAUGCCAAAAGAUUGAAGCAAGAAUUUGAUGACCCCAAGCUUGUGGAGUCCAAAGGGGAGGGCAAACAUCAAAAUAAUGAGAAUGUAAUUGAGAUUGAAGAAUGUUAUACUAUAGAGGACACACUGGAUCAGAAUGUUGAUAAAGAUAAAAUGGCUCUCCUAGAAGUGCAGAAAGCCAGUUGCAAGGUAUCUGUAGAAAUAAUAGAAGAUACUGAAGAGAAUUCGCCACAAUCACACAAAAUGUCUCAUGUGCCAUUUUUGAAAAAGAGUUACCUUUUCGAAAACUGUUCACAAUGCAUUGAUGAUAUGAACACUUUAAUGGAUAUUGAACAAACUUCACACAAGAAUUCUCAGAUUAAGUCUAAUGAUGUCUCUAUAACUGUAGAGAAUAAAAGUUUCAUAGCUACUAUUAGUAUAGUUGAUUGUAAUCCUGUUAAAAAACAUUCAACUGCAGUUCAAACAGUGGAAGAUCCCUUCUUGGGAUUUGAACAGCUAUUGGAACAGGAUUCUGCAUCACUUAUCGCUAAAAUGAAAGAAUAUAUUGAAACUGCAGACUUAUUAACAGGUGAUAUGCCAGAGACUGAUUCUCAAAAGACUUCUUGUACAGAUGUAAUCUUGAAAGAACAAGUUAUGAACACUGAUGAAAACAUCCAGGAGGAUAAUAUGGCUAGAUUUACUCAUAGCAGUGAACACGAUUUUGGAGUCCUUAAUCCAUUAGAUGGAGCUGGUUUCCAAAACAAAAGGCCCAGGCGAGGUCGCGGCGCAACGCCAGACAGCAACAACUCCUCCGACAAAGAGAACUGUGAUCCCAACAGGAAGAAAAGGCAGGCUAAAAAGAAGAAAAAUAAAAAAUAAUCCUAAAAGCAAGGCCAGGCUAUAUGAACGUUUUUAGUGUACAUUAGAAAUUAAAGCUUUUUAUUUUAUUAUUUCAUAAA